ACAGGAGCCCGAAUGCUCGUCUCCCUCUCACAUUACUGGAGCGUUCACAACGCAUGGCACCUCUUGGCGCGCGGACCAGGAGCGCUUUGUGCGAGUCCCCCGUCAUACGGACCACCUGGCGACGAUGCAGGGGGCAGCUCUCCUACUGAGCGUGGUGCUGGCGGCGUGCAGCUUCUGCAGAGCGGCUGACCAUGAUACCACCACCCUGUGUACGUCUGACGUCUGCUUCACCUUGCACAUGGACAGGGUGAACUUUGAGGACGCGCGUAAGAACUGCCAUCACAACGGAGGUUAUUUGGUAACUAUCAGGGACAGAGAAGAGGAGGCCGCGUUCCAGUCCAUCCUGUCCCGGAUCGACAGGAGACACCAAGAGAAUGUCCUGGAAUUUUGGAUUGGAUUGAAAUUACACAAAGGGGAUUGUGUGUUGCCCGAGAGGAGUCUCAGGGGGUUUAAGUGGGUCUCUACAAACGGCGACAGCAAGUACUCCAACUGGAAGACGGAGCCCGUCGGCACUUGCGCCGAGGAGCGCUGCGUUAUGAUCCAUUACACGUCAUCGGGCCGGGGAAACCUGAAGUGGGUGGCUUCACCUUGCAAAGCCCCAACGUUUUACGCAUGCAAGUUUUAUUUCCAGGGCAUGUGCAAACCGUUGCCGUUGCUGGGGCCUGGGAAAAUAUCCUACACGCCACCUUUCUCGGAGCAGCCACUGAACAGUGUCCUGAAAGCACUGCCGUUGGGAACCAUUGCAGAUAUUUGGUGCAGCGAUAAUCAGUCUGACUACUCUCUUUGCAAGUCGCUGGAUGACGCCUACGGCUGGACUGUUCCCGGUCCGUUUUGCGCGUCGGGAGAGCCAAACUGCGACUUUAACAAUGGGGGGUGCGAGCAUUUGUGCGUGGAGGACGCAGGUGGCGCGCGUUGCGUGUGCAAGGAAGGCUACGAGCUGGACCAGGACGCUUUCUCCUGUCGCCCCAAAGACUACUGCGGCGACGGCACAUGCGAGUACCAGUGCGUAACGGGGGAGUCCGGUUACUCGUGCGUGUGUCCGCAGGGAUUCAGACUGGAUACGAACCAACACAACUGCUCCGAUAUCGACGAAUGCCGCACGCAGGCGUGUGAGGAACACUCGUGCGUCAAUACGCACGGCGGUUACACCUGCAAGUGUGAGAGAGGCUACGAGAUGGUCGGCGGCAAAUGCCGCGACGUGGACGAGUGCUCCGAAUCCAGAUGCGCGCACAGCUGCUUGAAUUCCCUGGGCUCCUUCUCGUGUCACUGUCACUUGGGCUUCGCUCUAGCCGCGGACGGCUACUCGUGCGAUGACGUGGACGAGUGCCUCACCAGUCGCUGCGAGUUCACAUGCGUCAACGCGCCAGGGAGUUUCUUGUGCGUCUGCCCGAAGAACUUUGGCGCAGAUGACAACGGAACGACUUGCGCUCCGCUUUCGACCGACGCCUCCACGGCCGCCCCCUCCACUGAGCCAGUAGACAGAAUAGCACGUGGGAAAGUGGCGCCGGAAGCCCAAACCCCAGCGGAACCUCAGAACCGGUCUCUCUACACGGACGCGCCCGCUGCAGAAGGGGUGAGCACUCAGCGGGAGGGUCUGCGGGGCAACAGCUCGGCGGGAGCGAGCAGGCCCAUGGAGAUAGACGAACCGCUAAACGCGCGGCUGCUGCUGCUGCUGUGCGUCACCGGCUCGGCGGUCUCCUCGCUCCUCCUCGUCGCUGCCGCUUUCGCUGUCGUCAUUAUCCGACGCAAACGGUCCCGGAGAGAAGCUACGAAGACUGCCACAGCCGACGGCUACUGCUGGGUGUCCUCCGGCCUAGAGCCGCACCUAGAGAAAUUAUACAACUCCAUACUGACCGAUGACCUAUGACCCCAGAACCUCAGACAGUGUGUCGACAACAUGUACAUAUGUGGUUGUUUUACUACUGCAAACUUCCAACACCCCCCCCCACACACACACACACACACACGCAUAGAAGAGGGUAUUCGGUAGGAGACCAUGUGACCCAGGUGGCGACACCCUGUGGUGAUAAAGGAGCGUGAGUAAACCUGCGGGGUGUUGCGUAAUGCUCGGAUGCUCUUUACCUCUGCCCCGGGGUAGGUCCAUACUGUACCACGGGACGUGUAUGUCAAACUAGAGUUCCCCCCGGGGCGUGUCCACUCAGCUCGUCCUUCACAUACUCUGAUGACGUGUGGAUUCCUCGAGAGCGUUACUUCCAGGAAAAGCAAGGCGUUAAGAUGUAACGGGAUGUAAAAUGUAACGGGUGUCAAAUGUAACGGACGUCAAUGUAACGGAUCCAGCGACGUUUCAGGAGUACCUCGCGCACAGGUUCGUGGCUGUCAAUGUAGACAAAACAUUACACGUCUUCUGCACGAACACUUGCUAAUUACGUUAAUGAGCUGUGGUUGAUAUCCCACAAUGCAUCACCCUGCGUUUGUCCAGAAAGAGAAUGUGUGUACAUAUAUAUAUAUAUGUACAUAUAUACAUAUAUAUAUAUACACAGGCUGAAAACUGUUCUGUACACAUGGCGUCACACAGUGUCGUGCUGUUUAUAUGAAUAUUCAUAAAUGUGAAACACAUACAUACAUGUGUGUGUGUGUGUGUAUAUAUAUGUAUAUAUAUAUGCAUGAAACAGGCUUGUACUGUCUCAUAAAGAAUUUACUUGACU